AUUUUCCAGAAGCGCUGUAAAAACUCGUUGGACCACUUACUCGACUUCAUUUUAACUGUAAGACGACAACGAGAAUGAUCAUAACCUUUUAAUACGCAAACGACAUUUCAUAAUCUCCAAAUUCCUCAAUUACUUUGUAAAAGACAAACAUAUUGUGCGUUUGUUACCGUCGUUACCCUGAUACUGUUUCAACUCAAGCGACAGUUUAACUGCAUGUGCAAGACCAUGACCAAGGGAGAAGACUCUCACCUUGCAAUGACUCAUGUUCACCAGAGUGAUAGCCUGAGCAGGAUUUUUGAUCAGAGCAGCCCCUCAUCCUACUACUCCAGGAAUAGUUAUGAGAGCAGCCCUACCUCCUCUUUUGGGAGUGAGAGGGGGCGCGACAGAUCGUCAUCAUCCAGCCGUGGUUCCUCCUCCCGUUCCAGGUCCCGCUCUCAUCCUCGCUGCCACAGACAUUCCCGCUGUCGCAGCCAUCGGAGACACAGCCGGGGCCACCGCCACCUUGCACGCCGCCACAGGGCACACUCUCGGUCCUACAGCCGCUCACCCUCACUGCACAGGUAUCACAGGCACCAUAGACGCUCCAGUUCCAGGUCCCGCUCUAGGUCUCCACUUGGUGGGAGGAGAUGCAGUAGGGCUCAGGCUCGUUUGAACAGGUUUCCCAGAUCACCAUCAAGAGCCAAUAGAAGCCCCUCAAGAUCUUCAGGAAGUUCAGUCAGCUUGAGCUUGGAAGAUAAAAGAGAACUUCUCAAAGCUGCAAAGAGCAAUGCCAUGAAGCUGCUAGGAGUGGAGAAAUUGGAGCUUCCCGAGAGUGUGAAACCGAUCCUGUCAGAGCAGCUGAAGGAGCCCCAAGGUGUUCCACCCCAGUCUGAGAAAAGGGUGAGACCAUACCCUGAGAAGACACCAUCAAAGAGCAACGAAGCAGAGGCCACUAUCACCAGCCCAAAGGUGGCCGCAAAACCAAAAACCAUCACUUUCAGCAUCAAUAAUUGUGUGGCAAAACCAAGCACAGUGCUGCAGAUUGGUGCAAAGGUAACAGCCAGAGUGGACAGCUAUGAAAGCAGGAAGCCCUAUGGCCACUGGGUCCCAGUCAUGUCGAGUCAGUCUGCCAGGCCGCGUAAACAAGUGCGCAACAAGUCACGAUAGGAUGGACCACAACCAAGAGGACGCUGCACAUAUACUGUAAUUAAUUUGUACAUAUUUUCAGUCAUUUCAUAGUGGCAUUUUCUUUCAGAUGAUUUAAAUUGGAAGACAUGAAGAAAUCAUUCAGGUGGGAUUAUUUCUUUUCCCUACUCCUGUAUUUUUGCUGUUCAAAUAAAAUAUUUAUUGAUGGAAACAUAAA